AUGCAAAUGUUUCGUGGACGCGGUCGUGGAGGAAAUCGUGGUCAAUUUAUUUCUCGUGGUGGUUACGGUGGAGGCGCACAAAUAGUACGUUCGAGUUCCAUGGAUAUUGAUCAACAAACACCAUCAGUCAAUCUUGUAGCCGAUCUUGACAUUAAUGCUGAUCCAAAACUAUUCUUUAUCAAUGCAAAUGUCACUAUAGAUCAACAUAUCCAAGCACAAACAAUAAACCUGCCUCGAUAUUUAGCUACAUUAUUCACACUUGAUGAAAACAGUGUUGAAAUUGGUCAAAAAGCUAAAGCAUGUAUAUUAGCUGCUGCUUGGUGUCGACAUGAUCAUAAAUUAGCUAAUAAUCUUUUACGUCAUCGACGUUUAUUCACUCUGACUGAAGUACUUAAAGCAGUAACAAUGUUAGAUGCUGGUCGACAAAUUCGUGUUUAUGAAAAACAACUUAAACGCCUUGAAUUAUGUCAAACAAAACCAAAAGCAACAAAAUUAGGUAAAAUUAAAAAUAAUAUCGAUAAUUUAAAGAAACUCACAACAUCAACUGGAUCAGCUAGUGGUGCUGUAGCUCGACAUAUUCAACGUUGGACUCGAACAUUGACUCAACAAGAACUUGAAUAUUUUGCAUUACAUAUGCCAACAGAACCAUGGAAAAAAUUAGCUGAUAUUGUUCAUUUUAAUCCAAAUAAAGAUUUUCCUGCUUUACCAUGGUUUUUACCGUUUUGUUUUGGUACGCCAGCACCAACUGAAACAAUGGUAUCACGUUGUCGAGAAUUAACAAAUGAAAAUAUAAAUACUUUAAUUAAAGAAUUUAAAAUUCCUUAUUCACAUUUAAAACAAUAUAAAGAUCACUUAAAUGAUGAAUCAAAAGCAAGAAUAGCAUCUUAUGAAGCAAAAUUAGAUACAAUUUUAUGGUAUUAUGAAGAUUUACAAUGUACAGAUGCUGAUGAUAUUAUAAGUGAAAGAUUAAAAAAUGGUGAACAGAUCACUUUACCAUAUGGUAAACUUAUGGAACGUGUUUUACUUCUUCGAACACUACGAGAUAAUACAACUCAAACAACAGUCUUCGAGUAUUCUAGACGAAGACGCACGCAAAUCACUAGAAAUGUUGAUGAUCAACAUUCAGUACAAUUUAGUAAAUGUAAAUUAUAUUCUGAUCUGUUAUUAAUUGCUGAAGCUCAACUUGAAAAAAUUAAAUUAUCAUUAGAAUCACCUGUAGCUGUCAUGGGUGAUGCAUCAGGUUCAAUGCAAGUUGCUAUUCGUACAGCAACUAUUCUUUCAUCAUUAUUAACAGCAGUUUGUUCAGCUAAAUUGAAUUUUUUCAAUACUGAAAUGUUUUUACCAACAUUUACACCAAAAACUAUUGAAGAUGUUCUUACAUUAGCAUUGACAACAACAGCUGGUGGUGGUACAGCAAAUGCUGCUGGUCUAGUAUCAUAUUAUGAUAAUAAAGAUGUGAUUAAAACAUUUGUUAUGGUAACGGACGAAGAAGAGAAUGCAGAUGCUCGAAUAGCUGAUGGUACAUCAACACGGUUCUUUGAUUUAUUUAUGAAAUAUCGUACUGAAAUUUAUCCAGCUAAAUUAGUAUUUAUUUCAUUCCUUUCUCAUCAACAUGCUCGAGGUCAAAUGUAUUCAGAAUUUCAAAGUGCAAAUGUACCGGAUGUAAUUCAAUUUGUAUUCAGUGGACAUCGUCCAGAUUUGACAAAACUUGAUAAUCUGUUGGGUUUAUUAUCGACUGUUUCGUCAGAUUCAUUUGAUGAUCAAGUAGGAAAAUUACAAAAUGAAUUCCAACAGAAAGAUGUUGAAUCAGUUAUGAUGCAUUUACUUAAUAAACAAAAGGAAAAUUCUCUUCCAAUGGAAGCAGAAAUGACUGCGAUAGCAUCGAACUAA